AAGUUUGUCCGCUGAUGUUGACGUUCUUUGGAGGCGACUUUAUUAGAGAGAGACAAGAAACGGGCUACCGUACGCCUCCCUGAAUCUCAGCAAGAAGCAGGCGAAUCUCUGGAUGAUGCAGAGCUCUAAUCGAUCCCCUCCUCCAGAUGACCGACCGAGUAAGAUCCAGCGUUCGAGUUUGAUUCUGGAUCCAAAAAGCGGAUCUCCGUUGCUGUUGCUGUGUCCAGAAGAGGGCGGUUGUCGUCUGUACAACCCAGAGGAAGACAGGGUUUACGAGACGAAGAGGGACUUUUCCGGGUAUCGAUUCCUCGGAAACUCGGGUAAGUGGUUCCUUGUGGCGGAUUCUAAAUCCAAUCUCUAUAUAGUAGAUGUGUUACGCGAUGAGAAGAUAGAACUCCCACGUCUAGAGCUGGUGUCGGAAGAUGAUGGUUGCGCUCAUAAUCUCAAGCCAUUAGGAGAUGAUGGAGAUUUUAACGAGACGUUGGUUGGUACUAGAAACUAUGGGAUUCGUAGAUCUGCGGAAGAUCUGAGGGGUCGAGUGUGGGUAGACGAGAAAACGGGAGACUACGUUGUGGUGUGUCGUUUCGACAGAUGCGACUAUAUGCGAUUUUGCAAGAGAGGGGAUGAUCGUUACCGUGAGAUUCAAACACGGGUUGUUGCUAACGUGUUUUUAAAAGGCUUGGAUGAUAUGGUACUCCAUGGCUAUAAUCUUUACGUCUUUACUCCCCGCGGCUCCCUUCGACACAUAGAUUUGUCUGGAAAAGACGGUUUUGGUUUUGAGGAUGUCAUAAAGCAUCCCAUGUUUACAUGGUAUAGGCCAUCUCCAAGUGCAGAAGAAGAGGAACGAGUGAGAUCAUACAAGCUCAUCUCAGAACGCGAAAACAUUGCUCUUGUUACACGAUCAGGAGAGGUUUUGUUUGUCCAUAACUACGCUUAUUACGAGUCUAAUUCUUCCACCUUUGAAAAGCAUAGGAUGUUCCGCGUGUACAAGAGGCAACUUAAAAAUCAAGAAGAAGACCCCAAGACCUACAAGCCUAGGCUUCUUGAGGUGGAUUCUCUAGGUGAUGAGGCACUGUUUCUUGAUUUGGGUAUCACCGUACCUGCUGACACUGCACUUGGUAUCGAGCCAAACUCCAUCUAUUUCACCCGUGAUGACCGCUUCCGUCACAUGCCACGUUCAUUCCUCGACAUUUGCGUCUACAACCUUGCAACAAAGACCAUCAAACGUUUCUCCACCCUCUCCUCCAACAACUUAAAAAUAAAGGACGCUCAGUGGUUUAUCCCCUCUUGAUAGAGAUUUAGAGCUCUGCUUUGUUAACCUUUUUUUUUCUUUUAAUAAAAAAUCUAUGACAUUGUCAGUGCUUAUUUAGAAAUCCAAAUCAUCACGCUCGUUGGAAGCAUUUGAAAGAA